AUGAUCCCCUUGCCUACAAGCAAUCAAUUGAUUCGUCAUCGUAGAGACGAAAAAAGGCGCACGGACCGUACGCGAGCUUCGGACCAAUGCCCCCAGAAGCAAGGAGUACGCCCGCGUGUUUCAACGAGAACACCUAAAAAACCUAAUUCAGCUCUACGUAAGAUAGCCAAAGUACAGUUGAGCAAUCGACAUGAUAUAUUUGCUCACAUUCCAGGCGAAGGUCAUAAUUUGCAGGAACAUUCUAUGGUCUUAAUAAGAGGAGGUAGAGUGAAAGAUUCGCCAGGUGUGAAAUCCCAUUGUAUUCGAGGAGUCAAGGAUUUGCUGGGAAUUCCGGAUCGAAGAAGAGGCAGAUCCAAAUAUGGUGCAGAAAAAGCCAAAUCGGUAUGAAUGGAAGAUGCCCCUUCAA